UGGAAAGCUUCCAAAAGAAGUCACAUGAAAACAACUCAUUUUGCGUAGGUGACUUUAAAAUAUAUGUAAAUGAGUUCACCGACUCAUAUCAUAGAGGAAACGGUGUUGGAACUGGGCUCAGUUGCCUGUAUUCCAUGCUUGUAACUUAGGCCACAGCAAAUCUCCGGGUUUGCGACUGGGCCUCGGCGCCACUCCUGAAUGUCAAGAUGACUGCGAUCCGCUGCCUCAAACUUGCGAUCUUGAUGUGCUGCAUUUCUAUCGGUUCAUGCAGUUUGACCGUGGAUGCCGGCAUCGACAAGGAUGUCAGGGUUGUCAUUUCUUCUGCGAAGCCCGUCUCCAGUCUCACAGGGCAGCACGAAAGAAACACAAAACACGAUUCUCGCGAGUUAUUAGGCACGCCAGCGAAGCUGAUUGAGACGACAAUCGAAGAUGAUGACAUUAUGGACGUCAAUUCAAAAUGCGGUCACCACAAAAAUCCCUCAGAAAAUCAAACACUGGUCAGUGGAUGCAAAUACAAGUUCUUUGCAACUAACCCAGACAUGAUGGCAAAAAGCUAUUUAUUUGGAUGGGUUGCCAUUAAGAAAAUCGUAAAGGAGGGGUUUACGUGCUUCUUUGUAAACUAUGAGUGCAGAAACAUAAUUAUUGAAGAAAAAUCGAAACAAAAUUCCCACUGGUCAAAUGAUUUAUGUGAGUGGAGGGUGAGAAAAGGGAGUGGUGAUGACUAUUUUUACGUCCCUGCAUUUCCUUACAUGAAGCUCUCUUUUGACCAAAAUAAGGACUGCAAUGCUUAUGCAGGACACGAGGAAAAUUACAUUGGCACUUGCAUCCCAAAAUGGGACCGCUUUGGAAGUCGUGACAUUGCUGAGAAUCAACUCAUUUUAGGAUCUGAAAAUGAUCACAUUCCUAUGGGUCGGUUAUCAUGGUACAAUCCCUCCAUGAACAACUCAGUAAAUAUAUCAUGUCAAUUAAUAAUAAGGAAUAGAAACAAUGGCCGAGUUGCUUUGUUGAUAGCAAACUACGCAAAGUACAUAGAUAUUAUAGACAAUGGAACAGUGAAUAAAUAUUCCCCCGUCAUCGUCUCGGGGAGUGAUACACUAGAGAUUAUUUUCACCGAAAACUACCACAAGGAUACUUUUGACGGGAUGCAAAAUUAUAUGACACUUUCAUAUCUAUUUUUGCCAAAUGCCCAAAAAGCGAGCUCUUACGUUUUCCCAACUAUAACCGACUGUGGAAAAUCAUUGCAGAUAUUGGACUUUGAGCAUUCUAUAGUGAUUGAUAAAGUUGAUAUAUCCGAGGAUGAAGUAUACGACUGCGUAUGGACCAUACCCGUCAAAGGAAGAAAUCUGCACAUUUACUUUGAGGAGUUUGAUAUUGGCAAUACAUCUAGUGACACAUUAAAUGAUUUGUUUUCGAAUCCAGUAUACGACGAGUGGGGGAAAGAUAGUUUCAUGACACUUACGGCUUAUCGUUCGGACAACCGUGGUGGCUUUUUCAUUCGCAAAUUUGACACUGAAAGUACUAAGUCGAACACGUCGGUCUUCCUUGACCUGCCUCCCGACUCGUUGGCUUUGUACCUGCGAACAAGAAGUGUGAAGCAUAAUGGCAAAGGUUUUCGUUUGACGAUGAAUCUAUUUCACACUGGUAAUGCCAGCAUAACAAGACACGAGACGGUGUUCAAGUGCGGCAACUCUCUCUACGUCGACUCCUCAGCGGUGUGUGAUGGACAUAAUCAGUGUGGAGACAAUUCCGACGAGGAUGCCGACCUGUGUGCCUCACCGAGGACCGGUUUUAACAAUUGCACUCGGUCUCCCAGCGGCUGUUUAAUGCGUAAACCAACAGAUGUGUUGGUGGUUGACAGUACCCCGUGUUGUGCAGACAAUCCUCUGACAGAACCGUGUAUGUAUCUCCGCCCUAACGACACUUCUGAGUUUGAGGAAUGCUGCCCUAAGGAGGGAACCGGUGUUGUAUGUGCAGUUCCUCCUCCUCUUCCAAAUUUUUGGGCAGACAACAUGUACUGGUUCAUCCUAGGUGGAAUUAUUUUGCUUUUACUUAUCUUUAUUAUUUUGAUUCUUCUGUUGGCUCUGCGCAGAAGACGGCGGAGGCGACCUUACACUAGGGUGGCAGAGACUGCACCUGAAGGUGAAGGCCCUGCUCCUACUGCGACUCCACCCACUCCUCCUACCUCGGCUCCCCUUACGACUGAUCCUGGAAAUAACGAACCAGCCGACUCUGGAGAAACAACCCCACAAAGGCCACACUCAAGUAGUCCAAGUUCAAGCUCAAGCUCAAGUUCUACUACUGAGCCACAGCUUGGUCCAGUAGAAAUAGAAGCCCCAGCGUUGCGAGCUAUGGUGGAGGCUGUAGUGAACCAAGAAGAUUCAUAGGGAAUUGAUAUAAAAAAAGGAAAUUUAACGCAAGAAGACACUAGUAUAAAAGUUCAAUUUAUAUGGCACUGGAUUAAAACUGGGAAGGAGAGGGAAUUUUGGUAUUGACGAAUGGCGAUUGAAAUGCAUUAUAGAUCAAUAUAAUAGGUAAAUACCAGGUGUACAGGCUUUUCACACCACGUUAUAUCAUGUAGGCCCUAUCAUGCUGGGUACACAGUACAAAUGAAUCUCAGUACAAAUUCUUUUUGAUAUCGGAUUGCUGUCUUAUUCAGCAAAAAAAUGAUCACAAUUACUAUAUUCCACCUGAAACUUUUUGUUAACUGUAUGGUACUCGCCGUUUUAUAUUUUUUUUAAAGAUAGUUAAUAAGCAUAAUAUUAUAAAGUAUGAUAUUUAAAGUGUCGUAUGUGUUUUGUAACUGAAAAAAUUUUUUUCUGAUAAAUCAUGUCACUGGAAUUGUUGCUGGCUUUUUAAUGGAAAUACGGACUUUCUAUUCUACAUAAUUUAAAUCAAUUUUUCUGAUCAAUUAUUUUCUUUUUCUUUUACUUGACCAUGUUUAUAAUAUUUUUAUAUUAAAAUUGUAGUUACCUCUAUUAGACAUUAUAUGGUUAACAGACUUAAAAUUAACGAAUUAUUAUAUAAUUAUUAUAUAGUUACGACAUAGUUUUUAUUAUAUAGUUACGACAGUACAAACGUAUUGGAUAUCUUCAGCUAUUUUUCAUUAGAAAAGUUGUACAAAUAUGUUUCCCAAGCUGCGUAAUUUUCUUUGUAGGUUUUACUGUCUUUAUUUUGCUCAUUUAGUUAAUCUAAAGGUAAUUCAUUCUUCAUGAUAUAACAGUGUAUCAAAUGGUAGCAUAUUAAUUUCGAACAUUCAUCGAAAAGACAAGGAGUAGGCUAUCUGGAGACAACUUUUUGAUUUGGCACGGUUUAGGUCCCAUUAUUAUAGCCUACAUGUAUGACAAUUGCGGAACCGGAGAGAUGGGGGCGUGGGAGGUGGGGCAAAGUUUUACGUGCCUCAAAUUGAAAGCAAAACAUGAGCAUGCAUGUAUUUCUACUGUGCAUGUUACAUCACUGGUAUAUAUCUUAACUUUGCAUUUGUUUGAAGAUAUUUGAUUGCAUCAGUUCCUCACAAGCUAACCAAUAAAAUGUUUUGUCCAAU